AUGCCACCGGCAAAGGAAGCAAAGGCUGCAGUCUCGGCCUUCAUCAUGAAGCUCGAGACUGUCGUGAACGACCCAUCGACAGAUGACAUCAUCACGUGGAAGCGCAACCCGGAUGGGUCGCUCUAUGAGCCCAACUGCCUCGUUGUGCUCGACAAGACGCGCUUCUCGGAGGACAUCAUGCCACAGUACUUUCGCGGCUCCAAGUACUGCUCCUUCAUCCGCCAGCUAAACGCCUAUGACUUUAGCCACGUUGGCGUCGUGAACGGCACGGACCCGCCGAUGUUUACGCAUCCGUACUUCCAGAAGGACAACCCGUCGCUCUUGCACAAGAUCGAACGCCGCAAGCAAGACAAGCGCACGCGCGCAACGGCGCCCCAGGAAGAUACCAAGGUCGUCAAGAAGGUCGACAGCUCGCAGUCGGCGUGCGUCGACUACUACAAGGAGAAUCUGGUCCACGCCGUGACGGCCAUCCGUGACAUGGUUCAAGCCGCGGAGCUCGCGGGCAUGGGCUACGUCCUCGUCGAGUACGCCAAGACGUUCUUAGCAACGCAAGGCAUCAUUGUCCUCUCAGACGACGAUGUCUUGUACCAUCUCGAGACGCUCACAAAGACGUCGGCGAGCUACGCGACGACAACACCGUCGUCGAACGAGGUGCCGCCGACGCCUGCGUCCAACGCGUCGACCGAAUCCGUGUCGUCUGGCUCGUCGUCGCCGCUCAGCGUCCACCCGGCGCACGGUAUCGAUCCGCUUGCGGCGCUCCUUCCGUCCCACCACAACCCACUGCCGCCAUUGUCGCACCACGACCCGCUGACGGCGCUUGAUUUUGCCAUCUUGGACGAGAUCAACGUCGACGAGCUCGGCGACCUCCUCACAGAUCACUUGUAG